CUCCCGUUUCCAGUGACAGACAAGUUCACGGAGAGCCUGUACGUGCUGGCCAACGAGCCCUCGGUGGCGCUGUUCCGGCUGCAGGAGCACGUCCGCCGGUCCCUGCCCGAGCUGGCCCAGCACAAGUCAGACAUGCAGAGCUGGGAGGAGCAGAGCCAGGGAGCCAUUUACACUGUGGAGUAUGCCUGCAGUGCCAUCAAGAACAUGACUGACAGCAGUGUUUACUUCAAGAGCAUUGACAGCCUCCUCAAACAUUCCAUAGCCAUGAAGGAGCAGCUGAAUUCCACCCAGGGCCGCAGGGUGUCUGAAAAAAAAUCCUGGAAAAAACAAUUCCAGGAUGAUCCAGGACAGAAUUCCCAAUUUUCCUCUCAUUUCUGGGGAGAAACAGCCUUGUUUGUGAAGGGAAAAAUGGGAAUAAAUUGAA